AAUACGGUCAAUCCUUCAUGAUUACUUGCGCUCAUAACAUGCAAGAAAGGGAACCCACCGUUCACCACAAUCACCUUCUAACUCGGUUGGAAAAUCGAAAUAGGUCAGAAAUUAUAACGCGAAAGGGGCGCCGAGCCAUGAUGCACUAUGACUUACAAACGGUCCUUCUUCGCACCAGAAGGGCUGCAAUUUUUACAGCAAGAUUAUUUCCACUCUUCACUAGUUCUGCCAUCCACUGGUUCGCGUCACUCCCUCUUGAACAAAACAUCACACCGAUGCCUAUCCAUAUGCAAAAUAUUCGACAUCGACGUCCCCGACGUCAACAUUUUAAUGCCAGAAGCUCGCCCGGCUUCAUAUCAGCAAGAUACUUCUCACUACGCGAACCCAGCAGCUGAUACCUUUUGGCGAAGAUCGAGACGGAAAGACGUUCUUCAUUGCACGUGCGUUUUUAGAAGGUAUAUAUUGUUUACAUCUACACCUCAGCUCGCGUUAUUCAACUCACAUUGUGCAGACAGGUGGACGGACUUGAGCGCAUGCACUCAAUCUCGUCUCCUCCGUCCCCCGCUCGUGCAACACUCUACAAUACAUGGGCACGCCAUUUCCGGCCCAACCGUCCCUCACCGCUGCUGGAUCUCAUGCCACCAACACACCUUAAACAUUAAUGCCAAUGGGGAGGUCCUUUGUAGUUCUUUUUUCGACCCCACAUUGAUUGCUUCUGGGUCAAAGAUGAAGAUGAGCCUCAACCCGCUCGGUCUAACAAAAGGUAUGUACCACUAUCUCGUAUGAAGUUGCUAACACAUUGAUUGCUUUCAGGUCGAAGACGAAGAUGAACCUCAACCAGCACACUCCAAUGGACGCCAUUUAAGUUAGGUACGUCUCAUUGA